ACAAAGACCGUCUUCUCGCACGUCAUUGUCAUCUAUUCCGACAAAUAGUUCCUCAAAUUCUACUUCUAAUAUUACUAAAUCUCCUCCUUCCCCCCCAAUAUCUAAAGAUGGUAAUAAUUGCGGAAAUAAUAGUACUAAUGGUAAUAGUGGUAAUUCUUCUAAAAAUGCUAUGUCGACCACUUGUACCAAUUGUCAUACCCAAACAACUCCUUUAUGGCGUCGUAAUCCUGAAGGUCAACCAUUAUGCAAUGCUUGUGGUUUAUUCCUUAAACUUCAUGGUGUUGUUAGACCAUUAAGUCUUAAAACAGAUACUAUUAAAAAACGUAAUCGUAAUGGGGGUGCUGUUGCUGCUGGUAAAAAUCCCGCUAAAGGUGUUAAAGGUCCAGUACAACUCGGCCCGGGUGGUGCGAGCAUGGGAGUUAUAGGCAAGCGAAUGUCUUUGUCUAAUUCAAUGACUUCGAGAACUCAAAAUGGUAAUACUCCUGCCUCUACUCCGGUAUUAUCAUCAUCGACAUCUAAUUCACAAUUCACCAACGGAUUCACUGAACGACAUCAAAUGGUUGGUGCAUUACCAAAGAGACAAAGGAGACUUUCGGGUGAUGAACAACAAUUAAAUUCACAAAAUCGAUCUAGUGAUGUUCAACAAUCACAAAAUUAUGGUGUUUUAAAACAUUCAUCUGGUUCAUUUUCUUCUAAUGGUGAUCAGACAAAAAUACAGCUUUUGGAUUCACCACCUGGUUACAGUACAUUUCAACCUUCAAAUGUAUCAUCAUCCAAUACUCCUACUAAACAUAAUAUACGUAAUAUUCAAUGUGCACAUACUACUGGGCAAAUUAUGCACACUCCCUCAACUUUGCCUCAGUCAAUAGUAGUGUAUCCAAUGGUGCAACCGGCACUAUCAAGCGAGAAUGAUAAUAUGAUAUCUUCAAAUGGCAAUUAUUCUCCGCGUUCUGGAAUGAUAAUAAGGCACCGAUCCUUUGGAACUAGUGGUUCAAACAAUGGUAACACGGGUAACCGAGGAUCAAGAUUCUGA